UCCUCCUCAAGAAACUAAUGCUAUUUCAAGAAUUGAACUUAAUCAGGUAUAUAAAGCGUGACUUGGACUUCGAGACUAUCAGUGAUCUGAGAAGUUCCAGGAAGGAAAGAAUUGCAUCGAAUGGACUCAUAUUUUUUUCCUCCAAGGAAUUCAAGUACCAAAAUGAAAAUUCCCAAACUGCCGAUCUUUCUGUUUGCUGCUUGGUUGUUAGCAAUCCUAGUUUCCUCAACUUUAAUGGAAGAGGAGAAUGCAUCUUCAGAGAUCGAAGGUAAUGCAAUGCGUGAACUGCUGAUGCAGCGUAUGUUUCAACCAAGAAUCAUGGAAGACAGCAGGGAAGCCGAUCCCAAACGAGCUCAUGUUCGUAGAUUUGAGCAGUUUCCGCCUGGAUUUGUAGGGGUACGAGGAAAGAAGGAAAAAAGCAAAUCCAAAGAUCCUGUUCCUGGAUUUUUAGGCGUCCGCGGAAAAAAGGACUCUCAGCUGCAUAAUCAUAGAAAUUAUCAUCCCAGCAAUAAUAUUGCUAGAUAUAUUCAAAGAGAAUUUUCGAAGUUUAAGGUGUAGAUUUUGAUUCUGUUUUUUGCUGAUAAUGUGAAGAACUAGUGAGAAUGCAUUAUGAAUGUUAAUAAUUUUAUCCUACUGAACGAAAGUAUUCUGUAAUUAUUUCAUACAAAAUACAGAGAAAACUUUUCAAGGCUAUUGAAUUUUUUUCUUCAAAUCUCGGACUGA